AUGGCUGAACAGGAGCCCAACCGUGCCUCUAACCAGGCACAAUCUGAGUCCCAAAACCGACCUCAGAAUGAGGGUCAAGGAUCAGCUUCAGGCUCCCGGGGAGGUUCACGUGGGGGACGCCGUAGGGGAAGGGGGGGACGUAGUCGUGGCCAGCGACAAGAUGGUCCAGCACAGGGACCUGGAGGUCGUGGAAACACCUCCCAGACAGAAGCUGCCACAGCACCCGCUACCGCUCCUGCAGAGCCAUCAGCUUCUAACGCGCCUGAAAGCUCAGGAAACCCCAGAAACAGACGGAACAGAAGAGGAAACAGAGGUGCUGCCCGAGGUUCUGCCCGAGGCUCAGUCGAUCAAAGUAGAGGUGUUUUCACAAUGGGGCCUCGACGACAAUUUGGUGGCCGAUUAACGACCAACGAGCAAUCAUCAGACGCAGCUGACCAGGACGCAUCCUUGCGUGCUAAUGUUCCGGAAUUUGUUCCUGGACAGCCAGCGCCUCAAAGAGGCAACGGACAGCAAUCAUCAGGUGCAGGUGAACCUCAGUCUGCAGCACAGCCUCGUUCGAGAGGAAACCGCACAAAGAAUCGGAAGCAAGACAGACCUCGUCAAGAGGUUCCCAAGUCCACUGCCUCUGAACUUUGGCAACGAAUUCAAGAAGACAUCGCCAAUUGGAACUACGAAUGUCGAAUUUGCACCGAGGAGGUCACCCGGAAGACCGAAGUUUGGUCUUGUACCACCUGUUGGACCGUUGUUCAUCUUGAAUGUGCCCACCAAUGGUGGGAUACUUCUAUGAAGGUUAACGAAGAGAGUGGCGACAAGUCAUGGCGUUGUCCUGGAUGCAAUUCAACUUUGACCGAUCAGCCUGGUGAUAGUUCAUGCUGGUGUGGCAAAGAAACGCAACCUAGUCCGAACAGUAUCCUGCCUCCUCAUUCUUGUGGACAGACCUGUUCCAAGCCGAGAUCGACCUGCUCCCACCCGUGCACUCUCCAGUGCCACCCUGGGCCCUGCCCACCUUGCACCGUUCUCAGCCCACCUGAGCCGUGCUAUUGUGGAAAGCACUCUCAGCGAAAAAACUGUAGAGACACCGAUUACUACAACGGAUGGAGCUGUAGAGAACCAUGUGGUGAUUUGCUUUCGUGCUCCCAGCACGAAUGUACUCAGAUAUGCCAUCCAGGCGUGUGUGGUACUUGUGAAGUAACAGUGGAGGCGAAAUGCUACUGUGGACGAGUUGAGAAGGAGAUGCAAUGCUCCAAGCAGGAUGAACUGUGUGAUUCAUAUAAUGAUGCCAGUGACUCUUGGUUUGAGGGUUCCUUCAGCUGCGAGAAUGCUUGUGGAAGAACAUAUGAUUGCAAUGUUCAUCGUUGCCAACUGCCUUGCCACCCACAAGAUGAGCUGCCGGCUCAUUGUCCUUUUUCUCCAGACGUUGUCACCCAAUGUCCCUGCGGAAAGACCCCGCUCAAGGAGCUCAUGGAUGACUCUCGCCAGUCCUGCAGCGACCCCAUUCCUCAUUGUGAGAGAAAGUGCGAGAAGAAAUUAGAUUGCGGUCAUGUCUGUCAGUCACUUUGUCACACUGGGGAUUGUGACCCUUGUACCGGUGUCAUGGAAGUUGAUUGCCGCUGUGGUCGAGUCACAUCUGAGACGAUGUGUCACGGCGCAGAAAUUCAACACCCUUUGUGCUUCAAGAUCUGCCAGGCAAACAGAAACUGUGGAAGACACCGCUGUGGCGAGCAUUGUUGCCCGGGCGAGAAGAAGGCUGUACAGCGGAUUGCUCAGCAGAAGAAGCAGCGUAUUGGUCCCGACUCACUCCCAGUCGAAGCCGAACAUAUCUGUGUAAAUACUUGUGGCAGAGCGCUCAAGUGCGGCUCUCAUUAUUGCGAACAGCUUUGCCACCGUGGAGCUUGUGCAAGCUGUCCCGAGGCCAUAUGGGAGGAAAUUAGCUGCAAUUGUGGCAAAACGGUUCUUCACCCACCACAACCUUGUGGUACUCGUCAACCGUCUUGUACAAGUCAGUGCCAACGCCAAACCAGCUGCGGCCACCCUCCUGUCGUCCAUCAAUGUCAUCCUGACGAUGUGAACUGCCCUCCCUGUACGUACCUGACGACACGUCUGUGUAUUUGCGGCAAGACCACAUUCCACAACAAGCCAUGUCACCUUCAGCAAGUGCACUGCAGCAAGCUCUGCGGAAAGGCAAAGCCUCUCUGCGGUCACUCAUGCCAGAGUGUCUGCCAUGGUCAGACUGCCUGUAACGAAUCCACAGCCUGUCAGGUGAAAAUGACAGUCAAAUGUCCUUGCGGCAACCAUAAGAAGGAGUUCAAGUGCCUGGCUAGCACCAGCAACCCAACUCCAAAUCGUCCGGAAGUCCGAUGCGAUGAGGAAUGUGAACGCCUCGAUCGUAACCGCCGCCUUGCCGCGGCUCUUAACAUCGACCCGGCUACGCAUACCAACGACCACGUCCCGUUCUCAGACGACACUAUGAAGCUGUACAAGCAGUUCUCCAAAUGGGGCGACGAGCAAGAGAGCCAGUACCGAGUCUUUGCAGCCAACAAAGAUGAGGUCCGCCUGAGAUAUGAGCCUAUGAAAAACGUCUCACGCCAGUUCCUUCAUCUUCUUGCUGAGGACUUUGGCUUUGAGAGCAAGAGUGAGGAUCACGACAUUCAUCGAUCUGUACUUGUUUGGAAGACGGACAAGUUCGUCUCAGCGCCUCCAAAGACGCUCUCACAAUGUGUAAAGAUUAGAGCCAUACAAGCUGCUGAAGCUGCGGCUGCAGCGGCAAUCCGACCACCCAGUCCACCAGUGUUGGAGACAGAGCCUUUCAACGCACUGGUACUCACCGAGCCCCGGUUUGGUUUGACAAACGAUGAUGUCAAUGCUGCUCUCGCUGCGGACCUCUCAUCACUACAAGGCUUCUCAUUCAAGGUUGACUUUCUCAACGACGAAGUCCUUAUCAAGGCUACGGUCUCAUACUCGGCGUUCCUCACACCUGCUCCGAUGGAGAAGAGCCUCGAAGUCCUCAAGCCCCGCAUCGAGCAAACGAUUCGCCGCGAGAAGCUCGCCGAGAACGUGCUCCUCUGUCAUUCAGAUGUCAACGGCGCUAUCACCCGUCGCGAAGUGCCACGCCGAUCUGGUGCUGGAGGAUGGAGUGCUGUGGCCGGACGCGCGGCGUCUAAGCCAGGAUCGUCAUCCGCGACAGAAGAAGCUAAGCCUGGGCGCAAACUGCUUGGGCUCAAGAAGAAGAAGCCACAGGUGGAGGCAGGAAAGGUGUGGGCUGCUCUUGAUGGAGACGUUGAAUGCUAG